AUGCGGCCAUCGUCGCCACCUAGUUUUCCAGCUGACAUCUUGGAUGAAAGUCAGAGGCGUAGAAGAGGGCUUGUGAAACAGAGUAGCUUGGAGGAAAGUCAGACAUUUGAAGUGACCGAGUUUGACAACAAUGAGGACGAGAAGGCGAAGACUGAAGAGAGUGUCGAACAGUUCCAGAAAUGGCAAGACGUUCAGACGCUAAAUAGGAAGAUUGAUCGACCCAAAUUACCUUGGAAACCAAAAGUUCACAAGAAGGAAGUUGAUGCUUUCUUGAACGUCGCGCGCGAGAAGUUCAUAGGUUAUAGUCUUGAUGAUGAUAGCACCACUUUGUUCGGUUUACCAGAACCUAUCCAUGAAAGCGUUGCUAUUUUGAAAGAACACACUUACGUAUCACUCUCAGAGGUGCAGGUACAAAACGAAGAAUCUCUCAAUAGAAAUCCUCUCACUAUGAAGGAUGAGAUAGUACAGACAAACACUGAGGUGUUGUACCAAGCCAUGCUGCCGAGCCUACCGCAAUACAUGAUCUGUUUGUUGAAAAUUCUGCUAGCCACUACUUCCAGAGGGAAAACGGCGAAUGACUCGAUAAAUAUCUUGAGCGACGUUCUUCCAAAACAGUUGCCUACGACAGACUUUCAGUCUGUUUUAGACAUUGAUAUAAACCGCCACAAAGAAAUCAUUGUGAAAGCUGUAUCAGCAAUCUUGAUUCUGCUAUUGAAGCAUUUUAAAUUGAACCACAUCUACCAGUUCGAAUUCAUGUCUCAACAUUUAGUGUUUGCGAACUGUAUUCCUCUCAUUUUGAAGUUUUUCAACCAAGAAAUUGUGAACUAUGUCAAAGCUAGGAACAGUAUCCCUAUCAUCGACAUACCCUCUUGCAUUUUGAGCGAUUUUCAACCGGAUAUAAAUGGCGGUAUCGAAAUCGGUUCAGACACAAAAUAUUGCUGGAGAAAUAUAUUUUCUUGCGUUAACCUCCUACGUGUGUUGAACAAACUGUGCAAAUGGAAAAAUUCUCGAAUAAUGAUGCUAGUCAUAUUUAAAUCAUCGCCGAUUUUAAAACGUACUUUGAAAAUUAGACAUGCGAUGGCUCAGGUGUAUGCGCUCAAGUUACUCAAAAUGCAAGCAAAGUACCUCGGCAGGAACUGGAGAAAAUCGAAUUUGAAGACUGUUAGUUUGAUAUACCAAAAAGUGAGACACCAUUUGACGGACGAUUGGGCUUAUGGGAAUUUUUUGGAUGCCAAGCCGUGGGACUUUCAAGCAGAGGAAAUCACUUUGAGAACCGCUGUGGAUAAAUUCAACAAUCGCCGGUACAGCAAAAAUAAAGAGGAUGAGUUCGAAAGCGUUGAUAAUAAUCUGAAUAGCGUUCUCGGAAUGGAAAUGGAUUUUUCCGACGGCUUUCGCAAAAAUUAUCAUUUAUGGCUGCAAGAUGAAGUGUACAACAAUGAAAUAGAUUGGGAGAAACUAUUUUAA